GAGGGCUGGCCUCUCGACAGGAACGAUAUCUCGUCAGAGCACCGGUGUAAAACGUGUCACUUCUUGGAAGUUUUAACUUCGGAGUGAUUCAUCUUGUUAGAGAUAUACGAUCUUUACUUCAACUCUUCUGACAGCAGCCAGCAAGGAGUUCCUGUCCGUUUUAUAUAAGCUACCUUCAAACUGACCUGAGUGGACAGUUGAGGGAGGGGGAGUACUUUUGUCCUGGUCUCCCCCGGCAGACCCUGACUAAACCAGCCAGUCAUGGAUGACGGCUCUUCACUGGGCAAAGUCAGUAGUUCCACUGAGUCUGUGGCCACAAUCACCAGUGAGGAGUUUGUUCUGGUGCAGUGCAGUGCUGCAGCAUCACCAUCAGGAUCAGAGGGCAAGCCAAGACUCAAGAUGUCUUCGAAUGGAAGUGAGCAGCUGGAGAAAGCAAUGGAGGAGCUCCUGGAUGAUGAUGAUGAGGAGGAGGAGGAGGUGAAGGAGGAGAAGAGCAGUUUGGAGAAAAUGGAGAAGGAGAGGGAUUCAGGGAGUCAGGUCCUGAGCCCAGUCUUUGAACCCCAGCAUCCAGAUGUAUUGUUUCCAGCAGUGUCCAGCCCCACUGUGCUGGAGGAGAUAGUGUCCAGUUCAACAAGCUGUCUACCUGGGCUGUACCUGGGUCAAAGCCCCUCGGAAUGA